AUGUUGCUGUCUGUGCUGCUGCUGCUGCUGAUGGUCAGUGGUACACAACCCGAACAUUAUUAUGGCACUGUGGUGACCUACUACCCAAAGGAAACCUACACAAACGGAUCAGUCUCUGUGAUCCUAAACUUUAAGUUUAACUUCCAUUCCUGCCAGGAGGGUUUGUUUUCUUGCACAGGCAACUGUGCCAAUAAAAGCUUGAUGGUUUCAAAUUCCACCAUUGAGAAAAUCGAUGGCAGCUGGUGUCAAAGAGAAAAAAUCACAUUGGGGCUGUUUUCUAAAAACUCUCCAUUUCAACUUGUGUAUGACAGCGGUAACUGGUUAAUUAAUCAUAACGGCAUUCAAUCCUGGAGAGCAGUGGUUGAUGUUGAACUGAGACACCGCUCUGACACCAACAAACCCAACUCAUCGCCACAGACCACCAUCUUGCCUGCCUUAAGGGUUCCCUCAAACUGUCAGAGAAAUAUUAAACUGUUGGCCUUUGACCCCGAUGGAGACGAGGUCAAAUGCAGAUAUGCCAGUACUUCCUUGGCAGAAUGCCACUCACCCUGCACACCUCCACCUGUUCUCAGCCUCUCCUCAAAUUGUACCCUGUCAUUCGGUCCAACUUUAUCCCAUAAUGAGGGUUCGUAUGCAGUUCAGAUGGUCAUAGAGGACUUCCCCAGACAACCAAUCACCCUGACUCAAACUGACGGGCCACAGGUUUCCAAAGCUACCCGUGAUGUAAUCAGCAAGAUACCCAUCCAGUUUGCUUUUCUAGUGGAUCCUGCAGCACCAUCCUGCUUAGAAGGAGUUUAUCUGCCCAGGUUUGUGCCUCCAACUCCAGAACAUGGAACUCGGUUCUACCGUAAAGUGAAUGACACUCUGGAGAUCAACAUCAGGGCACUCGCAAAACAAUCUGUGAUCUCUGAGCUCCUGUACAGUGGGCCAUCCAAUGUGGUCAAGAAUUCUUUAGAAUCAGGAAACUUCUCUCUGACAUGGACACCUUCUGCAAGAGAAGAUGGACAGAGCCACCCGAUCUGUUUCGUUGUUCAGGGAAGCUCUUGCAGUUCGUUGUAUCAGUCGGAGCUUCGAUGUGUCCUUGUGACAGUUGGGAACAAACCAAAACCAACCUUUGUUAAUGUUCUAAAGAUGAAGAUCUCUACUUCGCUCUCACUGAAGGACAAUGCUGACAUGAUCGGACAAAUGAUAAAAGAAGAACUGAUUAGAAGAGGUUUUCCACCGGGUAUAACUGUACGCCUACUGAGCAACGGCUCAAUAGUAGAUCAAGGAUAGCCGAUCUUAACCUGGAGAAUCUCGGAGCCCACUUCAUCCACUGAUAUCAUAAUCUUUUUUAUGAUAAUAAACCUCAUAUAAUAACCUCAUAUGCAUUCAUCCAAUAUAUGUCCAGUCUAACGUUUCAGUCACUAAAUCGAUAAGGAUUCAUAUUUCCACACACAUAUACAAUAUGUUAAUUGUUUUAAUCUAAAAUGUUCAGAAUUUUCUUUAUAAAUUGUUUUAAUGUUAUCAGAUCCUGAAUAUUUCUGUAAAUAAAUAUCUUAAUAGCCUCUUCAUCACUUCUGUACCUGCUGCUGCUGCUGUGUUUGUUGGCAUAAUUCAGUUAGCAGUUUUAGUACUAAAAUGAAUAAACAAGGGGAGAAACUGCUCCCUGUUUUUUAAAGUGGGGGACCUUACUAAUGUUUCUCGUCCCUCCAGGGCCCUUUCUUCCACCCACAAAAUAUUUUUAAAAAUUCUCCUGCUGCAAGGCAGAGAACGUUCUAUGUUUUCCAAAAAAGUAAAAAAAAAUAAUCCACUGGAUU